AGUAACGCUGGGCGCAUAUCGGUCCGUCACGUGGUAUCAGGGGGGUAGUGUGGGACGUCAGUUGCAAUUGGGAAGGAGUUUUGGUCGGAACAGGCUGCUGAGACAGAAGCCCCAAGAUGCAUCGUAUGUAUGAACACUGUCGGCCGGGGAUACGCGGGGAGGCUGUGGACGUCAGGGCAAUGAUGCGAGCAUGCAGAACAGGAGAGCAACCACCGUCCGGGAUGUGGAAGUGUUCCGGUGUGGUCCUAGAGAUGGCCUUCUUCUCCGACGAGAAGGUGGCGGGAGGGGGCAACGACAGUGUGGGCGACUACUACAUCUCGGGAACGUGGGGAGGUGGGGAGGUGAAGUUCGUCAUUCACUACACCGGCAAAUACGACGUCACCUACAACGGAAAAUAUGCUGAUAGUAAGGUCACAGGUACAUGCGUCCAGAGUAACGGCGGUUCCAGUUCUCCCUUUGAGUUGGUGUUUUGUGGAAAAGAUGCAAAGGUCACUCCGAGGCCUGGUCAGUGGUCAGGCCAACUCUGCCGAUCAGGAGGGACUGAGACGUUCCACAUCGACUUUGAAUUUGGCGAUCAUCCGUACAAGUCGAUAACUGGACGCGGCAAGGAUGAUAAAGGGAACUUUCGAAUCAAAGGUCGUCUUGAAGGGCGAGGGCUUCGUCUGAUACGUCACAACAUCGUCUACUACGGCCUGAUGAACGAAUCAGGGACGGCGGUCGUAGGGAUGUUCCUUGAUUCAGGAGGAUGCUGGAUGGAAGGAAGGUUCGUGCUGAAGAUCGGCGGAGGCAGUGCUGUUCCGUCUGGAGGCGCUUCUGACCACCCAACCAGUGGGGUCUGGUUCUGGUUCCUGAGUGGCCGCCCUGAAUAUCGCUGCUACCUCCAGCUGAUGUUUGUUCCUGGGAAGUUCUCCGGUAAUGGUCGAGACGAGACUGGAUACUUCACUCUGACAGGAACCUGGAGUGGAACCACCAUCACCUUCAAGAAGAGCACAACCUCGGUUACCUACACCGGUACCAUCUCUCCAGGAGCCAACGUCAUCAGUGGUCAGAAUCCAGAUGGUGGAACAUUCAACAUUGCCUUCUUCAUGGAGUUUGAACUUCCGGAAUUCCCCUACCAGUUUCCAAACAAAAACGUUUCCAAUGGACAGCAAUGCGCUAUCAAGCUGUUCCAAGAGAUACAGAUCUGGUUGUCAAGGAGACGCAGGCUUAUCCAAGAGUUCCGCCUUAUUAUCCAAAAGAUUGAACAAGCUCAAUCUGGGAGCCUUUCUGUUCAGUUCCCAGGAGAUAUUGUGGAAGUCAAUGAGCUGAUAAUCAUCGCGAUUAGUCUGCUAGCAUUGCUCAGUGGGGGUGGAGCUGCUUCGGCUUUGUUGUUAAGAUUUGGCAAAAAGACUGACAUGGUUUCCUUCACAAGCGAUGCAUUUAAAGGCGCAUCGAAGAUCCUGGAAGUGUACAAGUCAGCUGCGGACGCUGAGACGCUGAAGGACUUGGUCGAGGAGGAUGUCAUCUCCUCCCGAAUCAUCUACUAUCUCAUCGACACUCUCUGGGACAUCUCUGGAGUCUUGAGCACUCACUGCAAGGUUGACAUAUCAGUGAAGAGGAUUGCCAAAGGGUUCCUGUUCCAAGCAGCUACUGGGAUUGAUAUCAUCAGCUUCGCCUUCCCUGAUGAAUAUGCAGCACCGCUGCUAACAGCUCCUGAGUUUGAUCAUGGGAAGCUGGGUGAAAUAGAAUCAGCUUUACUGGAAUGUAUUGGUAAAAUCGCCGAGAUGAACAAAGACGCCAUGGACAGGGUUGGAGGUUCUGUUGGAGUUGCAAUCCAGUUGAAGGACAUACAAGAAGCCCUAGAGGACCUGGAUGAUGCAUCACCCUCUGUUUUCAGGAAAUGCCUGGAUCAAUGCAUCGUUGUUCUGGAACGGAAGAUGGAAAUCUACGUCUCUCUACAACUGAAGACCGAGAAAUAUUUUGAAGAGCGGGAAACCAUCAGCUCCAAGUUGUCAGUGGAGACGGUUGUUACUGUAGAGUUUAUCAAUGAAGUUAUAGCAGUCCUGAGAGACUUCAACCCAGGGUGGUGUCAAGCUGUUGAAGAAGCAAAUCUUCAAGAAGUAUUUGCGGCAACUAUGACCAAGGUCUUCCCCGCCAUCAGACAGAAGAUGAACCUCAUGAUGAGCAGCUAUCGCCCAGGUGGUUCAGACACUCCAGUUGACAUACUCGAGAUCGUUAUUGUCGGUGAAGCGGCAGUUGGUCUACCAGCUUUCAAGAGAGACCUGUUAUUCCCUGUCCCAACUCUCCAGGAUGUUGUACUAUACCAACCAUACGGAUGCACCAUUAACCAGUCCACAAUCCUUGGCAUUGCGUCCGGCUCUUUCAGACCAAGUUGCCGACAGAUGUCAUCCAGCGUCGACCUACCGCAAUCGUGGAACUCCCUCCUUUCCGGACAAACUGAAGACGUUCCUUCAAUCUACCUAGAACAGGCCGUUAUUGACGAAGUCACAUUCACUGAGCUGAAGGAUCUUCUUCAGCAGUUCCCAGAUGAUGUCCAGAGAAACCGCCUCAUCAUCCCCUUCUUCACCGCCUCGGAUGCUGACUCUCUGCCUCCUGUUCCCCUCUGGUUGUUGACCUCUGCCUGCUCUGUGGCAGGGAUGGUGAGUGGGGUCAAUGUCCGCGUCCACCUCGCCACCAGCCUCCCCGUCCCCGACCCAACUCCAGAGUUACAGACGCUGUGUCAAAGCCAGUACAGCUACGCCCAGACGGCCAUGACCUGUGACAUCGCUCAGCUCCACCUCGAGGGCAUCAACACCAGCUGGCUCAAUCGCUUUAUGCAGAGCGAAACGCUCUCGAGUUAUUUCUCAAGCUCUUCCACUCGCACAAGGAAUAUGUCGUUCGAAGGAGGCGUGAUCCGUAUAACGACGACCACUACAACGACCUAUCAAGGGUAGAUAACUCAACUGGAUUGGGAGAAUCGUCUACAGACAAUUCUGUUCUUUAGCUUUAGUGCUGCCCGUAAGAGAGGGCCUGUAUUAUGACCGAAAAAUACGUGUAUCAACGUUUAAUGUAAUGCAUUGUUUUGUAAUUUUAGACAAGGAUAAUCGACGGCGCAUAGUUUGGCUAUCUUUGUGCUAAGAAUUUCCCAGUUCCAUCAAUGGUAUACAGUAAACUACGGUUAUAACGAACUCAAAGGGACCAUUAAUUUUAGUUCGUUAUAACCGUAGUUCGUUAUAAGCGCAUCUACAGCAUAACUACAGAAAAUUUUAGGCACAAAAAAGUUCGUUAUAUCCGUCAGUUCGUUAUAAGCGUGUUCUUUAUAAACGUAGUUUACUGUAGUAUGAAGUGUAGGAAAGAGUACAUCCAUGCCUUGAUAGGGCACGACCAUUUGAUACUUGUGAAAAGAGGGCUGUAUUAUUUGUUCCUGGAUAGGCUUAAUGUCCUAAAAAUGGCCGUCUUUUCCUCUCAGAAUGUUUUAAAGGAGUGGCCUUUCCUUUCUAACAUCCUCGAACUCAAAUCAACCAUUAUCAAGCUGGAUGCAGAAUUAUGACCUAUCGAUACAUUAGUGACAAGUUACAACUUCAUUUGGGACAAUUCCACUACUGGGAGUUUCAUGUCCAGUGUUACUCGUUAUGUCGUAUGUAUGCUGAAAUCUCGAAUCUUUUUAUCUGAUCGACCGUGUCGUCUGCUAUGGUAGUCAUCUCAGUGAAGCCAUUCGAAAUUAGCACAGCGAUCUGAUUGGACAUCGCGUUUUCAUCACAAGGGACACAACUCGUGUUCAACACGGCACUCCGCACAAUCGAUCCCGAAAAUUAGACUUGAAAUGGCAAGGGUGAAAACUAGGCUUUGAUAUAUGCAAGUGGACACUCUUUCCUCGGAAAGAUGUCCCUCAUAUGUCAUCACCCUUAUCCAAUGUUGUUUUCAGCGAUCGAUGGGUCAUAGCAGUGUUGCAGUAAGCAGUACCCACAGUUGUAUGGUCUACAGAAAGUUGUAGGUUCAGUGGCAGCAAUUUUCAAAAUGUGAAGCUAUUAGUUUCGGCUUUAUUUUGUAUUUUUUACUCAUGUUGGUUUACAAGGAGAUUUAUAUUUACAAAAUAUUGCUUUUGUUUAAUAUAUACCAGUAAUCUCACAGCAAUAAAUAUGUUUAAUACAA